ACGAGCUGGAAUCUGAAGACAGACUGAGUGAAGAUGAAAAUCUAGAAGGUCUGUUCCGAAGACCCUGUAAACGUCAGAGUGGGCGACCCGGAUGUAAGGGAUUUGUUAAAGAACCAUUUCGCACACCAGCCAAGCGUGGAUACGAAUCGCCAAUACUCCGAGGUGAUUAUCUUAAGAAAGAAUAGAAUAAAGAAGAAAAUUCAAUAUACUACUUUGUUACGACUAUAUUCAAAUUUUCAAAUUUUCUUUACGUUUCCAAUCGGCGAACAAACUUAAAAGGUUUAUUUAGUGUUUUAACUGCAAAAUAAUGCUAAAAUGGAGAUAUUUCAGACGGUAAUCCAAAGAAACAAUUUUGUCUGCAGUUUAGCAAAAUUUUCGCCGUACAUAUGACAUCAAAUUUCGAGAAUCAUUGAUACUUUUUAAAUAUUAUUUUAUGUUUCUCUACUGGCAGAUGCAUUUAUAUAUGUUAAUUUUGAAUGCUUCUCAUCGCAAAUAUGCGACAUAGAAACAUGUCCUCAUAAAAAUCAUGACGGUAUUAAUUUUUAGGGAUUUGUAGAUUUCUUGCAGUUCGUAAUAGAAAGGAUAAUUUUAUAAUAACAGUCAUGCCGUUUACUAUUAAGCAAAUAAUCCAUUAAGUACAAUGUGCAAAUAGUUCUAACUUUGUAGGUUUAUUGUAGUGCGUAGCGUUCAUCAGUAAAGCUUGAACGAUAAUUUUUACAUUUUUAUAAUGGCUACGUAUACGACAUUGAGUGUAUAUAAUCAAUGAAGCUUUAUGUAUACAACUGCUGGAACGAUUUUGUAUAUGUGCAGGUUAACAACUAUAAAGCCUGUAUAAUUAUACAUUAAAUAUUCAGUUCAGGAGAUAUUGAGAUAACUGUUGUCCCCUUUUAAUUUAUUUUAAAACCUUUCUUGACAUAGAAGAGAUGGAAUCUGAAGGCAGAGUGAGUGAAGAUGAAAAUGUAGAAGGUCUGUUCAGAAGACCCUGUAAACGUCAGAGUGGCCGACCCGGAUGUACCGGAUUUGUUAAAGAAUCAUCUCGCGUACCUGUCAAGCGUGAAUACAAAUCGCCAAUAUUCCGAGGUGAUUAUCUUUAAAAGAGGAUGAAAUAAAGAAGAGAAUUCAGAAUGAAAUCCAAUUUCAGCUAAGACUCAACAUCGUUUAAGUUUUCGAAGACUGAUUCUAUAAGGAGAUUUUUUAUCUAUUAACUAACAAAAAUAUAAAAUACUACUUCGUUAGGACUACAUUCAAAUUUCCAAAUUUUCUUUACGUUUUCAAUCGGCAAACAAACUUAAAAGGUUUGUUUAGUGUUUUAUCUGGAAAAUAAUGCUGAAAUGGAGAGAUUUUAGACGGUAAUCCAAAGAGAAAAUUAUGUCUGCAGUUCAGUAAAAAUUUUGCCGUAAAUAUGACGUCAAAUGUCGAGAAUCAUUGAUACUUUUCAAUUAAAUAUUAUUUUAUGUUUCUGAACUGGCAGAUGCAUUUAUUAUAAGAAGGUAACUAACUGAAUAAACUAGAAAAUGAAUCUAAAACAAAGUAAUUUUGGGAAUUGCAACAAAAAUAUUUUAUGUUGUGAAUGCUUUUUAUCGCAAAUAUGCGACAUAGAAACAUGUCCUCGCAAAAAUCAUGACGGUAUUAAUUUUUAUAGGGAUUUGUAGAUUUCUUGCAGUUCGUAAUAGAAAGGAUAAUUUUAUAAUAACAGUCAUGCCGUUCACUAUUAAGCAAAUAAUCCAUUAAGUUCAAUAUGCAAAUAGUUCUAGCUUUGUAGGUUUAUUGUAGUGUUAUAGCGUUUAUAAAGCUUGGACGAUAGUUUUUAAGGAUAAUUUUAUAAUAACAGUCAUGCCGUUUACUAUUAAGCAAAUAAUCCAUUAAGUUCAAUAUGCAAAUACAGUCAAUGAAGCUUUAUGUAUACAACUGGGUUAGGUUAUCAAAUUAGGUUAACAAAUAUAAAGCCUGUAUAUACAUUAAAUCUUUCAGGAGAUAUUGAAAUAACUGUCGUCCCCUUUUGCUUUUAAAACCUUUCUUGACAUAGAAGAGAUGAAAUCUGAAGACACAGUAAGUGAAGAUGAAAAUGUAGAAGUUCUGUUCAGAAGACCAAGUAAACGUCAGUGCGAACCACCAUAUUGUCUCGGAUUUGUUAAAGGACCAUCUCGCGUGCCAGCCAAGCGUGAAUACAAAUCGCCAAUAUUCCGAGGUGAUUAUCUUUAA